AUGAACGGUGACCAACACAGCCUGACCGAGGAGCAGAAGGAGUUCUUUCUCGAGCACGGCUACGUGAAGCUACCGCAAUGCUUCACCCGCGAGCAAUCGGAUGCCUUCAGCUCCUCGAUCUGGGCACGCUUGGGUGCCGAUCCGAAUGAUAAGUCAACAUGGCCGACCGAGAAGAUCAACAUGCCAGGCCAUACGAUCAUCUCUUGUAAGGAGUUUGCGCCGAAGGCGUACGCCGGGAUGUGCGAGCUGGUGGGUGGCGAAGACAGGAUUGCUGAUUUUUGCAAGGACUGGAAGGACGGGUUCAUCCCCAAUUUCGGCAAGCCAGAGUAUUCCGCAGAUGAGGAGCUCGACUAUCGGACACUGGACAAUUGGCACAACGAUGGCGACUGGUUUGUUCACUUCCUUGACAGCCCUGAGCAAGCGCUCCUGGUCAUCCCGCUCUUCUCGGACAUCAAGCCAAAGGGUGGCGGGACUGUGCUAUGCACUGAUGGCGUGGGUCUGGUAGCGAGACUUCUAUACGAACAAACAGACGGCACAACACCAUCCCUGCUACCUCGCGACAGCCCAGAGUUACCGAAGGGCGACCCUGAACGCCGUAGAAUCUGGAACAGUUGGGUUCGCGACCCCAGCCUGACGCGUGACGAGAGCUUCUGCGAAGCGGUUGGCGAAGUCGGCGACGUCUACCUACUGCAUCCAUUCAUGCUGCAUUCUGCUUCACGCAAUCUGCGAAGAGAAAUCCGCAUCAUAACUAACCCGCCCGUCUCGCUCAAGGAGCCCUUUGAUUACAGUGGUGUGAACCCCAGUCUCGUCGAGCAGAAGACGCUGCGAGAGCUUGGGCACCCGGAGGGUAUUCCGAACUGGAAGAUCACGUCGCCACGGCAGCGACUUACGCCUGACAGGAUACGAAUCCAAGAUGAGAUGAAGCGGAAGGAGCUGGAGAGGUUGAAGGCUCAAGGCGUUGCCGUUACUGGUCUCGCUGGCGCAAAGGAGUUGGAUAGCAGCACCUACCCUUCGUGA